AAUGGACCGAUUUCCCCGCUGUUCCUGAUCCCAGCCCAGCCCAGCCCGGGAUGAGAAAUUGCAAAAUGGCCCGGGUCGCCAGUGUGCUGGGGCUGGUCAUGCUCAGUGUUGCCCUGCUGAUUUUAUCGCUCAUCAGCUACGUAUCCCUGAAAAAGGAGAACAUCUUCACCACUUCCAAGUACGCCAGCCCGGGGGCGCCCCGAAUGUACAUGCUCCACGCGGGAUUCCGGUCACAAUUUGCGCUGAAGUUUCUAAAUCCGUCAUUUGUGCCCAUUACGAAUUCUCUGGCCCACGAUCUUCAAGACAAACCUUCUAAGUGGACAUUUAAUCGGACAGCGUUUUUACAUCAAAGGCAAGAAAUUCUUCAGCAUGUCGAUGUAAUAAAAAAUUUUUCUUUGACCAAGAAUAGUGUUCGGAUCGGACAACUGAUGCACUAUGAUUAUUCCAACCAUAAAUAUGUUUUCUCUAUUAGCAAUAACUUCCGAUCACUGCUUCCAGAUGUGUCACCCAUUGUGAAUAAGCAUUAUAAUGUCUGUGCUGUGGUUGGAAAUAGUGGGAUCCUGACAGGGAGCCGGUGUGGACAAGAAAUAGAUAAGUCAGAUUUUGUUUUCCGUUGCAAUUUCGCCCCUACGGAGGCUUUCCAAAGAGAUGUUGGAAGGAAAACCAACCUUACCACCUUCAACCCCAGCAUCCUGGAAAAAUAUUACAACAAUCUUUUGACCAUUCAGGACCGUAACAACUUUUUCCUCAGUUUAAAAAAGCUCGAUGGGGCCAUUCUUUGGAUCCCUGCAUUUUUCUUCCACACUUCAGCAACUGUUACCAGGACAUUAGUUGACUUUUUUGUUGAACACAGAGGUCAGUUAAAAGUCCAAUUGGCUUGGCCUGGGAAUAUAAUGCAACAUGUCAACAGGUACUGGAAAAACAAACAUUUGUCGCCCAAACGGCUGAGCACAGGUAUUCUUAUGUACACCCUUGCAUCAGCAAUAUGUGAAGAGAUCCACUUGUAUGGAUUUUGGCCUUUUGGAUUUGACCCCAACACCAGGGAAGAUCUUCCAUACCAUUACUAUGACAAAAAAGGAACCAAAUUUACCACCAAGUGGCAGGAGUCCCACCAGCUGCCUGCUGAGUUUCAGCUGCUGUACCGAAUGCAUGGGGAAGGGCUCACCAAGCUGACUCUGUCACACUGUGCCUAAGAACUCCAAACAGAAAGUGCCAAAUGGUGGUUUAAAAAGUGCCCCAAAUCAAAUUGAAUAGUCAUCAGAAUAGAACCCUAGAGAAUUGCUUAUAAGGACUGUCUGCCAUUUAAAAGGAAAGAUGUCUCCUCUCCCUCUGUUGCACUGCUCUCUUAUGGGUCUUAGCAGGACAGAUGCAUUGAAGCCACAUGAUUAAAACUUGAAUGAUAAAUGGAAUGUUGCAUUUGGAACCAUGCUGCUAACAAAUGGUUUGACGUAUUUUCCUAUUUGUAUUUUAAUAAUAAACUGCCUCCCAUUUUUAUGAGGACUGGAGCUGGAGUUUCUGCAGCUUUGCUCAAGAUAUAGUGCUCAUACUGAGAGGCCUCUGGUCAACUUGGGCAGGAUUUCAUUUUUUCCUGUGUGGGAUCGGACUCUUCAAAAUGGAAACAUAAAAAAUUGUUAUGCAUAUCUCAUCUCUCCAUCUCUAUCCCCCUGUUUUCCUCUCUCCCUCUAUCUCUAUGUCUCUCCUUUUCCCCACUGCCAUGGAGUGUAAUAAUUUGCUAGGAAUCAUAGUGAAUUAGUUUUGCUUGCAUAUGUUGCAUCUGUAUUUGAUGUGUUCAAGGCUCUGGGUAACUUUGAUGUUUCAUGACAAACUGAGCAAAUCAUGAUGGAUCUCGUUAUGAUUACUUUGAUAAGAAAUGCCUCUUAUGAAGUUCUCACUAUCGAGACACUCUUUCUACAGCAGAGUGGUCCAUCCGUGGCAAGUGUCAUAUAAUGCAGUGCAUCUUUUACUAUUACAGAGAAAGCCUAUGUCUUGGGUGGCAUGGCCACUUGUCAUGAGUGCUAUUAUGGCAAAUCAUUCUGUUGCCACAUCUGCAAGGGCAUUCCAGCCUGGGUUUAGUGCCUCUCACAAUCCCAAUUCAAGCACUGGGCUGGGAAUACUCUCAAAAUACAGAAGCAAUGAGUCAACUUAAGAGUCUGGGACAUAGAGAAAGAAGAAUGCUUAGAAGUUUUCAUGGACCCCGUAUAUCUUAAAGUGUUGUAACCAUGUUGCCCAUUCAGAGCCUUUGAGAACCAGCCAGAUUUGAGCAAAGUAGAAGCUUCAAGGUUGGCCAGGCCCCCAUUUGAAUAGUGCUCAGGUGAGAUCAACUUCACUAUCAUUGUGUCCACCACCGCUGCUCUAGAACCAUUUUCUCUCUUCAAAACAAUUGUAGACACUGGAUAUUCCCCCUUCCCACUGAAAUCAGAUCUAUACAGCUACAGAUUUAGUAUUUCAAAAUGAAAAGCCAUUGUGCAGUGGCAAAAUCUGGUACUAAAUAACUCUUGUAAUUUGAGAUGUGCAGACUUGCCAUGAAGAAAUUAGUGGGCCAUUCUCUUUUUCAUUAUUUCAGCCUUAGAAGUAGAAAUCACAUCACUUCCACCCAUGGCUUUUCACUGGGCAGCAUUUUGUUCUUCCAAUUCAGCCCAAAGUCUGGCCAAGUUGAUGUUAAAUUUUAAUAAGAAUUUUUUUCUUCUUUCCAAAUGCCAGUCAAGCAUAUUUAUAAUACAUUUGGGUGGGGUAGCUUGUUCUUUUCCAGAAAUCUCAUUUAGAUUUCUUGCAAUGUUACAAAUACUGUUGAAAAGAAUUGCUGUAGUUCAGUAAUCGAUCAGCUCACUACCCCCGCCCCUUUGGGAAAGUAUAAUCAUGCCUAAAAUUAAACCAAAUACCAUAUGGAAAGACAUAGUCCUUAUGCUUAUGGUCUGCCUGGUUCUGAAUGGGAGCUGUCUUAUUCCAAUUUUUUUAAAAAAGCUAAUCAGGGAACCCUACAUAGACCCAGAUAUUAACUAAUGAAAGAAAAACCAUACAGGUUCAAAUAUGUUGCCAAUUGUGACAUCUUACAACACUGAUUGAUGGCAAUCAUCCAAAUAGAUGGGGAGAAAUAGGAAUAGAUAUUUCAAAAUGGAAAACACUAGAACAGAUUGAUAUUUGAAAUAAUUAUAAAUUUCUAAAUUUUAAAUUUCUAAAUUCAAUGGUAUAAUUUGAUGCCUAGCAAAACCAUGCUUGCUCCCUGUCACUCUAUAGAGGAUGCUACUACUGUUCUCAUGCUGGGCUCUGUCAGGAUCACUGCAAGAUUGAUAACUGACAAAAUGUUUAGUUGGCUCUUCCUAAGCACUUAGUUCACUAGUUUACAGCUAAGUGAUAUUAAUGCCAAUACUGCACAGGCCAGAUUUUGACUCGAGACUAGAGUUUUAAUCCCAAUGUGCCCAUUAAAAUUCACUAAAUACAAAUAUGUAGACACUUUGAACCAGACAAGUUAAAAAAGCAAAGAACCAGAAUCCCUAAAACCAGUUAAGUCAGUGGUUCUCAACCUUUUGGCCCUUUAAAUACAGUUCCUCAUGUUGUGACCCAACCAUAAAAUU